CCAGUCAGGUUUUGUAGGAGCUUAAAUCAUUGAGGGCAGCCCUUGGUCUGAGUCUGAACCGCUUUGCGCUACUUGCUCUCUCCUCUCUAACUCUCUCUCUCUCACUCUCUGUCUUUCACUGCCUGUCUGCCUCUCUCCCUCUGUCUACAGACUCAGGGUCCCUGAUUUAAAAAGAGCAGGCUCUGCUGAUUCGCAUUUUAGACCUCAAUCUUAGACCCGAGAAGACUGCCUUUUAUUUUUUUGAACUAUACUUAGUUGUCCAUUUUUAUUUACUCUACCAGUUUCUUUGCGUCACAAAACACCCAACACAAACAGCCACAAUGGAGGCCAUCAAGAAGAAGAUGCAGAUGCUGAAGUUGGACAAGGAGAAUGCCAUUGACCGCGCAGAGCAGGCCGAAACAGACAAGAAGGCAGCCGAGGACAAAUGCAAACAGCUGGAAGAAGAGCUGAUUGGAUUGCAGAAGAAACUCAAAGGCACCGAGGAUGAGCUGGACAAAUACUCCGAAGCCUUGAAGGAUGCCCAAGAGAAACUGGAACUGUCAGAGAAGAAGGCCACAGAUGCUGAGGGGGAUGUGGCAGCUCUGAACCGUAGGAUCCAGCUGGUAGAGGAAGAGUUGGACCGGGCCCAGGAGAGGCUGGCCACGGCGCUGCAGAAGCUGGAGGAGGCCGAGAAGGCAGCUGAUGAGAGCGAGAGGGGCAUGAAGGUGAUUGAGAACCGGGCGAUGAAGGAUGAGGAGAAGAUGGAGAUCCAGGAGAUGCAGCUGAAAGAGGCCAAGCACAUUGCCGAGGAGGCAGACCGCAAAUAUGAGGAGGUGGCGCGUAAACUGGUUAUCCUGGAGGGGGAGCUGGAGAGAGCUGAGGAGAGAGCAGAAGUGUCAGAGCUCAAAUGCAGUGAUUUGGAAGAGGAGUUGAAAAAUGUCACCAACAACCUCAAGUCUCUAGAAGCUCAGUCUGAGAAGUACUCAGAAAAAGAGGACAAGUAUGAGGAGGAAAUCAAGGUGCUCACUGACAAACUGAAGGAGGCUGAGACUCGUGCAGAAUUUGCUGAGAGGACAGUGGCCAAACUGGAAAAGUCCAUUGAUGACCUGGAAGAAAAACUGUCAAGUGCCAAAGAGGAAAACUUGGGAAUGCAUCAAGUCCUGGACCAGACACUGCAGGAGCUGAACAGCUUAUAAAAGUUAAAAAAAAAAAAAAUGAAGAGGGAGCAGAAGAAAGUUCUAGCAACAUUCCAUGGAUAUUCAGUUUCAUUCCACAUUUCAGUCUGUAACGUCUUAUUCCCAGGAAAAAGAGGGGAUUCACUCUAUGUCUGUAUUUGCAAUGCUUCUUUUCCAAAGUCACAGCUUUCUCUCUAUUGUGUCUCCACUGAAAUGUAGAGUACAUUCCACCCCCACACACCCAGGUCCUCCUAACAGAUGUUUACAGCAUUGAGUUACCCUAGCGUUUACAAAGCAGCACAUACAGAGACUGGGGAUGAGUUUAGCACUCAUGUUGAGAGUGGGGGACAGCUCUUGGGAAGCAGAAACACUUCAAGCGGCUGGUUGCAAGGUUUAAUUAGGGGGCUCUUCAGCUUGGAAACAUGUUCAACCAAUGGGACCAAAGAAGGACGUUAUUGAAAUAUUGAAAUAGGUUUUUUAUGUUACAUACACCUCUUCGGGACCAAAAAUAAAAUAAUUUAUGCUCCACACAUUUUAGUUUUGUAGAUGUGAGAGGUCUGCCCAUCACUUUCUCUCUAAGGUGUCUGUCAAUCCCACUCACUGGUCAUGAGGGCAACUCUGCAUUUCAAUGUCAAUGGUCUAAAUGAAACAUUCCUGGUGUUUUAUGUAGGGGAAAAUAUAUACGGAACCAAAAAUACAGCACUGGAAUCACAAUCUAGUGAAUAAUGGAUACCAGUUGUAUAUAGUAGAUGGUAGAUCGUCCAGAAUUAAAGCACAUUUACUCCUUCAGAAUUUUACCACUGUUCUGCUGGAGAACUCAGAACCAAAGUAUGCAGUCUGGACUGUUAGACCAGGACAAAAACUUCAUCUACAAUUGUGGUUUUUCUUUUUUGUUUUUAAUAUUCAGGUGAGAAUGCUUCUCUUUAUUGGGCCAUGGAACAAGUGCCUCUCGUUUGUCUCACUGAAUCCUGUAUUAAACUUUUUCACUUUC